CGCCAGUUGAUGGUAUGUGAAUCAUAAGAAACCAAUCCAAUCGUGACGCGAACCUUCUUAACGACCUCGCAGACCGAAUCAGCAGGAGGCCACGCCCAGGCAAGGGGAACGGCAUCUCAAUAUGCGCAUUAUUUGUACUCCCUCAACCACCACCUCUCUUUCCUUCUUGAAUUCCUCUUUCGUCCCCACUCCCAUUUCAAAUUUCAAAACCAUACCAACAUCACGGCUACAGAAGCAUCACCGGCACCGUUCCUCUCUUCUCUGCUUCUCUUCUCUCUCAGAAAUGGAUGCCACGCCUGGUCCAAGCUUGUAUCCGUUGCAUAGGUGUAAAACUCUUCAUCUGGUGAGGCAUGCGCAGGGGAUUCACAACGUGGAAGGGGACAAGGACUAUAAGGCUUACUUAUCGUAUGAUCUAUUUGAUGCACACCUUACUCCUCUCGGAUGGCAGCAGGUGGAUAAUCUGCACAAGCAUGUUCAAUCGUGUGGACUUAACAAGAAAAUUGAAUUGGUCGUUACAUCGCCUUUGUUAAGGACCAUGCAGACAGCGGUUGGAGUUUUUGGAGGUGAAGCAUAUGCAGAUGGGAUAGAAGCUCCUCCACUAAUGGUGGCCAAUGCAGGGAAAAGUGACCGACCUGCAAUUUCAAGUUUAAAUUGCCCUCCAUUUAUCGCUGUGGAGCUAUGUAGGGAACAUUUGGGAGUUCAUCCGUGUGAUAAGAGAAGAAGCAUCAGCGAGUAUCAGCCCCUUUUUCCUGCAAUUGAUUUUUCACAGAUAGAGAGCAAUGAUGAUAUUCUGUGGACACCCGACAUCAGAGAGGCGAGUGAAGAACUUGCUGCCAGGGGAAUGAAAUUCUUGAACUGGUUAUGGACACGGAAAGAGAAGGAGAUUGCAGUUGUUACCCACAGUGGAUUCUUGUACUCUACCCUAAGCGCUUUUGGAAAUGAUUGUCAUCCAUCUGUUAAGAGUGAAAUAUGCACACACUUUGCCAAUUGCGAACUUCGGUCGAUGGUAAUUGCCGAUAGAGAUAUGAUGGGUGCUGAUCCAGCAAUUACCAACUAUCCUGGAAAGAUCCCUAGUGGGCUUGAUCUGCCUAGUGAUGUUGCGAAGGAGAAGACCACAGAAAAAGGGUUGUCUAAGUAAUGCGAUGGCGGACAGGUUGUCGCGUCUAUUAGUCUAAUCUACCUCCUAGUAUGAUUCUUACAGUGAGCUACCAAUGCACUUAUUAAUAUGUUGGCUGGCUCAGAUACCAAAUUGCACAUCUUUUGCUAGAACUGUGAAGAUUGAAACCCCAUAGCACAACCGAUCUAGGUGCCAAUUGUUUUAAGAUUAUUGGUUAACCUAACCACAAUUGUUUUUAUGAUUUCCUUGAAGAAUAUAAUCUUGCUCAAGAUAUGUGAGCAAACUAUUCUCUUGGAAAGCUUAUAUUAUAUGUAUUACUACUGUUGUCAUUCACCAUUAUGAGUAUGGUGAAACUCUCUUUAAUGGAAGUCUUUUGAUCCCAA